CGGAGACAGGUGCACCGGAAGGCCCCUGGCUGUUGACACGGUAGACGUGGUCCCCGCUGAGGCACCUUGUCUUCACUGUACCUAAAAGGAACAAAAACGCCCCCACUGUUUCACUGCAGGCGUCACGGGCAACCUUUCCACCCUGGCCACUUCUCUAAAUCCGUCUGGCCGUGGAACAUCUCCAUGGAGAGGCAGUUUCCAUAUUAAAGUUUCUUUGUUUAUCAAAAUUGGCAGAAAUUCAUGUAAAUAUCUUCUAUGUGCAACUCUGUGUCAUCUCCCCGUCACGUUGUUGUCCUCCACAUCCUGCAUAGCAACAGCCUACCUCACUGGAGUAAGUGUGGAAUGAUCCAGGACAGAUUGGGGGUCCUGGCUGAUAUGUGACCCACCCCUCUCUGAAGGCAGGGCAGAGCUGGACAUGGGAGAGCACUAGUGUGCCCGGGGUUCACUCUAUGUAUAGCAGUGUCAGCAGAGAGGUCGUCAAGCUUAAAUCAAACAGUCGUCCAAAAAAAAAAAGAAGAUUUUAACCUCUACAUAAUUUUUUUAUGCAGAGAGGUAAAGUACAUAGAGGAUGUGUGUGUGACGGCAGUAGAACAAGAGGACAAACGUUUUCUUUCACAUCAAGAGCAGACCUACCAGGCUGGAUUUGUUAUUGCCCACCGAAGGCGUCGUGUCGUAGGCGUCUGGGGAACACACUCAUAAGUGUUGCCGGCAGAAUACCAAUAGGCCACAUCAGGCGCUGCAAAGCAAGGCCAGAGAACCCCGCAGAGGAGUCGGCGCUUGGGACCGGACAAGAGCCAUGGGGACCCUGAUAAGAACCAGCAAUGGGAAAGAUAUGGAGGUCCCCGUCUGCCACAGCGCGCGGACCGAGACAAACAUAAACACAGGGGGGCCCACCAGACCCCAGACACUGGCCCACAGUGACGCACACCUCCACUCCGUGCACACGCAGCAGAAGGUUCCUCACUCCUCUGCGCACGCACAUACACAACGCACACACUCGCACACGCGCUCCAGAGUAAACAGUCGGAGCGGCAGUCAAAACAGCAACUCGCGGAGUGGCGGGACGAAGAGGAAGAGUUGUGGCGGUGACGGAGAGGGCCACCUGGUCUAUGAUGCCGGCCUCCUCCUCAAUGAACGAUAUGAAGUGGUCUCUACUCUGGGAGAGGGAGCCUUUGGAAAGGUGGUGGAGUGCUUGGACAGGAACAAGAGUGAACGAGUGGCUCUGAAGAUCGUGAAGAACAUUGAGCGCUACCGAGAAGCGGCCCAGUCUGAGAUCGCAGUUCUGGGGGAGAUCAACAGCCUGGAUGACGACCACACGUUUGCGUGUGUGAGAAUGCUGGACUGGUUCGACCAUCACGGGCACAUCUGCAUUGUGUUUGAGCUGCUGGGCCUCAGCACCUUCGACUACCUGAGGGAGAACGACUUCCUGCCCUUUACAGUGGAGCACAUCAGACACAUGGCCUUCCAGAUCUUCAGAGCAGUCUGCUUCCUUCAUCGGAACAAGGUGACACACACAGACCUGAAGCCGGAGAACAUUCUCUUUGUGCGCUCCGACUACGACAUGGAGUACAACGACCGGCUGAAGCGGGACCAGAGGACCCUGAAGAGCCUGGACGUGAAGGUGGUCGACUUUGGCAACGCAACCUUCGACCGCGACCACCACCCUUCCCUGGUGUCAACGCGCCAUUACCGGGCCCCUGAAGUCAUCCUAGACCUUGGCUGGAACCAGGCUUGUGACGUCUGGAGCCUGGGCUGUAUCCUCAUGGAGUACUACCUGGGGCUGACAGUGUUUCAGACCCACGACAGCAAAGAGCACCUGGCCAUGAUGGAGAGAGUCCUGGGCCCCAUCCCUCCCAGUCUCCUCAGCAAGACCAGGAAGCGGCACUUUGUGGAGCGAGAGCGUCUGGACUGGGAUGAGCACAGUAACUCGGGCCGCUACGUCAGAAAGCACUGUAAACCACUGAAGCAGUACAUGCAGAGUAGGAGUGCCGAGCACCAGCAGCUGUUUGAGCUGAUCGGCAGCAUGCUCGAGUACGACGUCUCCAGACGCAUCACCAUGGAGGAGGCCCUCUGGCACCCCUUCUUCACCCCCCUCAGGAUGGUGCGCUGCCCAUGAUGCAAACACCUGCAUAUAUUACAUACAUACACACACAUGCACACAAACAUGUACAGGUAAAUACCCACCCGCACACAUGGUGAACCAAUACACUUUUGUUUUCAGUUUGGCUUAAUUUUUUUAUAUUUUUGGUUUUUGUUUGAGUAUACACUCCUUCUAGAGUUUGGUGAGUGUACACUCCUUCUAGAGUUCGGUGAGUGUACACUCCUUCUAGAGUUUUUAAGAUGAACUAUUCUCUUUAUUGGAGAAAGCAGUGAUUUUCAAAGCGAGUAUUUUUAUUGUGAGUGGGUCACACAUACCUGACAUAUGCACACAGCUACACAAAGCUAUAAUAACAUGGCAAAGCUAAACAGCGUUUCAGUGUGUGUGCUCCAGGAGUGCUGAUGUUCUGACUGUAUCAGCCCUCAGUGUCAUACCAGAGUCUUUAUGAGACUUAUCUCAGGGUGUACAGCGACACUGAGUGGCUGAGGUUUAGGCCCAAUCCCAUUUCUACCCCUUACCCCUUCCCCUUACCCCUUCAGAACAAGGGGGAGGGGUAAGGGGAAAGAGUAAGGGGUAGAAAUGGGAUUGGGCCUUAAAUACACCUCGUCUGGCCACGGGCUCAACCGGCGUCGUCAAUAGACCAGUUCAAUGCUGUACUGUUUACAUGACCGACUUUCCUCAGUAGACGACAGCUCCUAAACCAGUAUGCUCACCAGCGAAAAGCACAGGGGAUUUUGCUCAAAAUGCUAAUCCUUGAGUUUGCAGGGUCAAACCGAAGUAUGGUCCUUUUUUCUUCAAUAUUGGUAGACAAUCCAUUUUUUUACGUGUUUCUGUGCAUUUCUACACAGCAAUAUUUUCUAGCAUUAUGUUUUUAUUUACUAUUACGAGUUACUACUGACGAGGGCAGGGUUAGCCAACAUCAGUGUUCAGGAUGAAUUUUAAGAUGUCAGGGUUUGAGGUCUGUUAAUUUAUAUUGAUUGUUUCUUUGGUCUUCCUCUCCUAACAUGGUUGGGAGAAUUGCUGCAGUCUUUUAAAGGAAACUCUGUUUGUGUAUAACUCAGGUCUGCCUAUUAAGGCAACUUAUUUAUAUACCUUAUUAAAAAAGAUUGAUCUUUGGGGCUGAGUUCUGAAGUUUGAGUUUGAAAAUAAAAAUAUUUAUUAUGUUGAAAUGUUUGUUUUGUAUUAUUUUUACAGGUAAACUCGGUUUUUCUUCAUUGGCUUCUGAUACAGGGGAGAUUUUAAGCACUGGACACAAGGUGAACAUUGGGGUUGGAAACCUAUGGUUGAACUCAAUAAUCAGCUCGAUAGUGAUGAUUAUAAGGCGCCACAUUUUAGAAGCAGAGCAUAGUAGCCUAUGUCCAUUUCAAGGAAACAUUUCAAGAUUUUAGAUGUUACCUGGUCCCUUACCUGGUAAAGAGAUACGCCAGUCUAGAUGGGGACGGUAGGCACUAUGCAGCGCUUCGCAGCCGAUCUGACGUCAUUGCUGUUUCAGACUUCUAAAAACCUCUGGGAGCCCAGCACACCAUGCAAAGGACAGAUUUUAGAUACCGCUAUUGGUAACACUUUACAAUAAGGGUUUAUUAUGGGACAUUCAUUAAAAUAAGUAAAUGAAGUAAUAAGCAUAGGGGUCAGGGUUUGUGGAUUUACCCUAAAUCUAUUGAAUAAUGUCGGCCUGUGAAUGAAUACCUUAGUUAGCAUGAACUACAUUAGUAAAUAAUUACAAUACCAUUAAUGCUCAAUACUGCAUUAGUCAAAUGUUCAUUAAUGCCUUAUUGUAAAGUGUUACCAUGCUAGUGAAAGAGAGCUCAUGUUUUAAGCUGUAUAAUUCAAGAUAACUGUCUAUUCGAUCCAAAUCAAUGAUGAUGCAUCUUUCCUGGCCCCAUAGAUAAGUGUAUACUCAAGCCCAUUACCCAUGAAUCGUUAAAUCUCCCAACAGAAUUAAUGAAUUAGCGACAUUUGGACUCACACUUUGGGCUGACUUUUUGUUUGUAAU